AUGGGGCCAACCUACCCUCCGUCCGGCACGGCUGCAGACUACCCCUCGCCCGCUUCCCGCCGCCCUUCCGACUGCAUCUCCGAGAUGAGCAUGCCGGCGAGCCGGAGAGGCAGCGCGGCUAACUUUGUCAUAGAUCAGGAGAGUCAUGGUCAGUGGCACACGCAAGUCAGUGACUCAAAGAGUCCGCUGGCGAACUUUCCCUUCUUCAUAAACUUGACGGAGAAGAAGACGACGAGAGAUGGACAACCACCGAAGAGGAGAGGGCCAAAGCCGGAUAGCAAACCUGCUUUGACGAGGAGACAAGAGCUGAAUCGUCAGGCUCAAAGGACUCAUCGAGAGCGCAAGGAAAUGUAUAUAAAAGCGCUGGAGCAAGAAGUCCUCCGCCUCAAAGAGAUCUUCACCAACACCUCCCGCGAGCGGGACUCCUUUUCCGAGGAAAAUCGAAGACUCAGAGAUGUCCUCCUGGCUCAUGGCAUUUCCUACGAUCUGGCCAGCCCAAGCAACCACAACGGUCUCUCGCAUGUCAGCAGCUCCUACGGCGGAGGAAGUUCGCGAGGCAGCGUAUCGAAUGGCUACGGCCCCGGUUCCAAUUCGACGGGCUACACAUCACCUCCUAGCCAGCCACGAGGGUCGAUAUCCGGCCAUGCAGCCCAUCCUUCCCUCUCAACGCCUCUGCCACAGCAACAACAACCACAACCGCAGCCGCAGCCGCACCUCCAACAACAGCAACCUAAUCCAGGGUUGGACUAUGAUCAACUCGGGAUAGACUUUGUCUUAACCCUCGAGCAACCCUGCAAAGACCACGUGCAAUUCCUUAUGGAACAGCGCCACCUCAUCUGCGGGCACGCCCUCAUGGCCACGUGCCCGCCGCAAUCCCACGUCCUCGCCCACCCCGACGUCCCCUACCCGCACCGCAUGCCCGACAUCAGCGUCCCGGACCUGAUGAAGCUGCUCAACCUGAGCAGCCAGCUGCCGCUCGAGGGGGAACUGACGCCCGUGCAGGCGUGGGCCAUGAUCCUGCGGGAUCCGCGCGUCAGGGAGUGCGGGUUGGGGACGGCCGAGGUGGAGAUGCUGAAGGGCGAGUUGGUGGGCAAGGUCAGGUGUUAUGGGUUCGGCGCUGUGUUGGAGGAGUUUGAAGUCCGAGAUGCGUUGAUGACGGUGUUUGCGGGGAGGUCGAGCAGUGCCGUCGGGGUUUGA